GACUUUUAUCUCGUUUGACUCGGUCCUCCUGAGCUCUGAGUGGUGCUGUCUCCUCUGUCACUGCGUCUUCUGCCUCUUCUCCGGCAACAGCAGCAGCAGCGGACUCUCCGGGCCCAGGCAGCCGCUUCACAGUGACCGAGAGCCGGGCACCGUCCCUGAGCCGACCCGCUGCAGCGAUCGUGCGCCCGGCCCAGCGAGAACCAGACGCGCAGGAGACGGGCGGGGGGGAGAAACGUGACCAGGGCAGAGCUAAACCCAAGGCCGGCUUAUGGUGAUCCUACCCGGGGCCUGCGUCGCUGUGGACCUGGGUGUUUUGGCUGCGAGCGUGUGGCUGGAGACUCGGGAGCGGAGACCGUGGGGAAGCGGUGACGCGCACUUGCCGAGGAGCGCCGUCAGACGAGGAAGUCGAGCGGGCUUUCAAACACGCCCAUUUUUUGCAGCCCGUGGUGUCGACCCCGCUGAAAAACGAGACCUGGUUCAUCACGUAGCGUAGCGAGCUGCGGGGGACGCGGACAGACAUGCAGCCCGUUUCUGAUGGCGCGCGGCGGGAUUAACGUGGACCACACAAGGCCCCUUUGCGCAGAUCUCAAACCUGUUGAAGCAUGGAGCGGGAAACAGGAGCCCGUCAGAGCCAAUCAGAACCCAAAGAAUCGCCCAAUGGGAGCCAGCCUUCGUCUUCUGACCCCGCCCCUUCCUCCUCCACUUCCUCCUCUGGCCCCACCCCUUCCCCGGUGACCCCCACGCCCCCCCGCCUCACCCCAAACCCUCUGCUCUUGGACAGUCCCGCCGGGGCCCUGUCUACCCCCAUCACCUGCUCCCCUCCUCCGCCCCUCACCCCGGCGCCCUCCCUCUCCGCCUCUGCACACGUCACCAAAUCUGCCACGCCCACUUCGCCUCACCUGUUGGUCCCGGCUCCGCCCAAACUCACCUCCACGGCCACACCCACCCUCCGCACCUACGCCCGCCCCAUCCUGCCCCUGCCAGCCAAAACCACACCCCAAAACUCCAGCUCUGCUACUGCGACUACUGCGAGUACUACUACUGCUACAGCCAUUACAAACUCUUCCACUACGUCUGCUACGACCACUUCCUCAGCAACCAAAACGCCCAGCAGCUCUUUGACUAAUGGCAGCACCAAGACGGUUGCCACGACAACCUCUACUCCAAUCACGCCUUUCCACACGCCAGCAAGCCCACCUGGACGACAGGUGUCUCAGUCUCUUCCUGUGGGCUCACCUGGUCUGGCUCGGGCCAAUCAGAACGCAGCACCUGUCCGUCAGAGAGUGUCCCAGCAGACGUUGCUCCUGGGGAAAGGCCUCAGAGGGACGGGGCAGGACCAAGUGCUGCUCCGGGCGCAGAUGUUACAGAGUUUGACUUUGCGUCCUCCUCCGCCCGGAGCGCUCACCAUCCCCCCGUCACUGCGUCUCAAACCUCCCUCGUCCACUUCCUCCUCCGUGGCCCCGCCCCCGCCGCUGUCCCGCCCGCAGACCGCGCUCUUCCCGCCCCUGAGGCCGCGCCCGGUCACCACGACAACCACCGACAGCACCACCACCACCACGAGCACGCCCAGCCGCCACCUCUCCGUCCCGCCACCAACCCUGUACUCUCCCGUCCGGGCUGUGCCUCUGAGACCCAGACUUCUCUCUCCAAACGGACUCCGGACUCCGACUCCAAAACCAUUCCACCCGAUCGCUGCUGCCGCUCCGCCCACCACCUCCACCGUGUCCUCGCCCACCUCCAUAAACCGGUCGGUCUCGGGACUCAAAACCCAGUCCCUCCUCUCCCCGGGACCGCCCCCUACCUCCCCUUGUUUCGAGCGGUCCCCCUCUGCUGCGCGGCAACUGCAGAUCAUCGCCCUGUCUUCUGGCCGCCAACUCCAAAACGCGAACGCUACGCCGCAGAAGUUAGCGGUGCAUUCGGAAAGCAAAACUGUGCUUCCUCUCAGCCCGACGUUAGCCAAAAGAAGCUCGCCGCUGCCCUCGCCAACUUCCCAGAAAGACAAAUUAAAACAAGAAAAAAACGAGGAAGCAGAUAAAGCACCUAAAGACUUUAAACCAGUAAUUGUUGACCAAAGAGAGAGAGAAAAAUCAAAAGUUGCUGUUGAAAAAGAUGACGUUAUCGUGGCAAAAAAACCUAGACUGGACGAAAAAAUUAGCAGUGACGCAAUGGACGUUACGGAGCAAUCGCAAAGUGGUAAAAAACAGGAAGAGGAAAAGAAAACGUCCAACGUCGCAACGGAGGACCAAUCCAAAAAAGUACAAAACCGUGAUGAAGCUAAAGACUCAAAAACUGAGACGAAACCAAGGAUUUCAGAAGCGAAUACGUUAACAUCGCCGCUCAAAACUGUCCCAAGUCCGACACAAAAGUCAAGCCCCGUUGCCGUUUCCAUAGCGUCCCCGGUAAGGACUCAAGCAAGUAUGGCGACCACGGCGUUGUCAGGGGGACCCAACCAGAGCCCGGUCCCGUCGGCGGUUCCGGUAUCGUCCCCCGUUCAAGAGGUAACGGCCAAUCAGAGCCAUCCAAGCAGGUUCAGCGAGCUGCAUCCGACCAAUCAGGACGACAACCUCUCGGUGCAGUCAGACAACCAAUCAGCUCUGUCCAGUCUGUCGUCCCAGUCUCCUCCCUGUUCCCCCUUCAUCUCCCCCACAACGGAGCCCUCUCUCCCCCCUCCCCAACCUCCGGACCGGCCCACGGACCUCAGCCUGAACCAUAAACCAAACCACACCCAGAACCACGAUACUCCCACCGAACCGGAGCCCCUGCACCAAUCAGAGGAGGAGAGGGAAGAGGAGGGGGAGGAGACGGAGGGCUUCGACCAAUCAGAGGUGUGUCCCUGGGAGCCGAGGGCGUGGCCGGAGGGGCAGCAGGUGCUCACUCACCUGGUGGAGGGCUUCGUCAUCCAGGAGGGGCUGACUCCAUUUCCAGUGAACCGGUCGUCUUUACUGGUCCCAGAUCAGGUGCCCAAACCACAGGAAGUGAACGGGACCAAUGGGACUGCGACGUUACCGGUUACCACGGAAACCAGGAAGCAGUCCGAGCACUCGACAGACUCAGAGGAGGAGGACGGGGGAGAGCCGGACGACCACAACUCCACCACGAGACCUUCUCAGAGGGAUCGCGCCGUGCUUCACUGUCAGUUCUGUGGGAAACGAGGCCACGCCCACAACUUCAUGAGGUCCAAACGCUUCUGCUCCACGUCCUGCGCACGAGGGUUUAAUGUUCGUCUGACGAAGCGUCUGCGUGCUCUGAGCGCAGGGAGCCGCCCCGAUCGACCUCGUCCUGUUCUGAACCGAGCUGAGUCUGUGCCGGGCAAACCUCUGCUGCUCAGACUGCCUAAAGAUCUGUGGAGCGCUGGUCGCAAAGAGAAAGAAGUGAAAGAGAAACCUCCUCCGGCCGCAGCAGAAGAAGAGGAGGACAUGGAGGUGGAGGCUGGAGCCGAGGAAGAUGAUGGAGACGACGCACCUGAAGAAGAAGAAGAAGAAGAGGAAGAGGAGGACGAAGAAGACGAGGAGGAAGAGGAGGAGCCUGCUGCCAUGACAACAUCCCCCCACAGCAACAACAGCAUCACCCACAACAGCAACAACAACCACAUCUCCCAUAACAACACCGUCGCCCAUAACAACAGUGUCUCCCACGGCAACACGCAGACAGACGGCGUAGUGCAGCAGCGCGUCCAGAGGAGGGCGUCAGCUCCGGCCGUCACCUCCACGUUCAGACCGGCGCCGUCCCAGUGGAGCGUGGAGGAAGUGACGGCGUUUAUCAACACUUUGCCAGUAUCCCGGUUUCAGUUUAAUGUUCGUCUGACGAAGCGUCUGCGUGCUCUGAGCGCAGGGAGCCGCCCCGAUCGACCUCGUCCUGUUCUGAACCGAGCUGAGUCUGUGCCGGGCAAACCUCUGCUGCUCAGACUGCCUAAAGAUCUGUGGAGCGCUGGUCGCAAAGAGAAAGAAGUGAAAGAGAAACCUCCUCCGGCCGCAGCAGAAGAAGAGGAGGACAUGGAGGUGGAGGCUGGAGCCGAGGAAGAUGAUGGAGACGACGCACCUGAAGAAGAAGAAGAAGAAGAGGAAGAGGAGGACGAAGAAGACGAGGAGGAAGAGGAGGAGCCUGCUGCCAUGACAACAUCCCCCCACAGCAACAACAGCAUCACCCACAACAGCAACAACAACCACAUCUCCCAUAACAACACCGUCGCCCAUAACAACAGUGUCUCCCACGGCAACACGCAGACAGACGGCGUAGUGCAGCAGCGCGUCCAGAGGAGGGCGUCAGCUCCGGCCGUCACCUCCACGUUCAGACCGGCGCCGUCCCAGUGGAGCGUGGAGGAAGUGACGGCGUUUAUCAACACUUUGCCAGGCUGUGGAGAUGUCGCAGAGGCCUUCAGAGUUCAGGAGAUCGACGGCCAGGCGCUCCUCCUCCUCACCGAAGACCACCUCAUGACGAGUAUGAACAUAAAACUAGGACCAGCCCUCAAGAUCUGUGCACACAUCAACUCGCUCAAGAACCAGUGAUGGACCAAGACACCUUUAAGACAAAAAUAUGGGAAAAGUUUGACUAAAAGACUGAAGCAAUAUUACUGUACAUGUGAGAGAGGAGGCGAGGUUUUUAUAUAGAGAGACAUGGAGAGGUAAACGAAAGACGAGAUGGGGAAUUGCAAUAAAACGAGCGUAAAAUAAGCUGAGACCAAGAUUUUGACGAUUAUUGGGUUUUGAAUAGGUUGCGUUCACGUUCGGUAAUUUCAAAUGGAGGUUUUCUGGUGGAGUUUCUGUCAAAUACUUUUCUCCAUGGAGAUUGUUAUUGUUUUCGCUUUGUCUGGAAUGUUUCACAGUACGGUAUUAAGCUUUUUUAUCGUCAUGGAGACCUAACCAGACCAAGUUACAGGUCAGAUCUGUGGAGAAGCGACCCCGUUGAGAAUCAGAAUCCGUUUUCCCAGGCAUUUUUGAGCUAUGAAACAACCUGUAACUGUAAAGUAGAGCUGUUUUAAAGUCAUACCGUGGAACAUUCCAGGCACAGAAAUGACAUCUCCAUGGAAACAAGCAGCUGCCGGACCCCCAACCAAAAAGUUACACAGUGCUUCUUUAAACUUGCAGCAAAACUAGUUCAUUUUAAACAUUUUGCAGUGGUCCAAAUGUACUUCUAACUUACCUUUUAUAAGCACUUUUCUCAACUUUCAAAGGUCAGAUCACAGAAAACGGUACAGCUAACCACAACUAGCAUGCUAACAGUGCACUUCCUGAUUCUCAGACGAUAAAAAGCUUUAUAAUUACGUGCAAAUAGUACAAUAAAGUCUCAUUUUGAUCUCCAGAGCUGCUUAUACAUUAUAUCUAAAAAAUCAGGUAUACCACUUUAAUUCAAUGGGUGAUUCACUAUUUUUGAAAGAAAUAUCCAAACUUAUGACGCACAAAUGUUGAACCUGAUUGUUGUCGCAGCAAUUUACACUUCAAAAACGAAAUAUUCAAUCUUUCUGAAAAGUCAAAAGUCCUCAAAAUGGUGCCUAUAAAAAGAAAACAAUCCCGUGAAUAUUGCUUCUUGAAUUUUUUGGACGUCACGUGAACGCAACCUAUGAUAUGUCAAAAGUCAUGGGAAGGUUUUUAUAUAUUUUUUCAUUUAUAAUUCCAAUUUUGUUAUUAAAACCGUUACAGUAAACAUUUAGGGUGAUUUGAAAUUUGUUGGAAUUUUUAUCCACCCGUUAAUCCAACUCUUUCCACAUAUCCGGAGCUGAGUAGUUCCAACUAAGGGAAAAUGUUUAAAUAUUUGUAAAUUAUAUACAUAUAUAAAUCAUGUUUGACAAUUUUUACAAAAAAGCAAGCUGUUGUUGGGACUGGUGUCAAAACCAGUAUAAAGAAAUGUAUUUAUUUAAUUAUUAUUAUGGGAUUUGAUCUCGCUAUAAUCCAACAUACAGGCUUGAAAUGAUAAUAUAUGAACCUCCAAGAAUCAUUGUGUAAAUAAUAUUGGAUUUAAUAACUGGAUUUUAACCAACCCUGAGCUAAACCAUAGAGACUACCAGUAAAAUAUAAUAAAAAGUAAAAACAAAACAACUAAGACUAAGUAGAAAUUGGCAUAACAAUAGACUCUGUGCACAAUAGCGCCUAGCAACUACUGUUAGCGUCACUACUACCUGUCCAAUUGUUUAUCUAUUUUUUUUUUUUUUUUUUUUUUGCUGAGUUGUGCUAAAAUGUAUAACUAUUUAAAGAUAAGGCAAUGAAAACAUGUUACACAAAUAAAAUUAAUACUUCUGACACUGGCACUUCUGUAUUUAGAAAGAGAUAUGUUUGUCUCUCAAUGCUAACGCUGCUAAUGCUAAUGCUAAUUUCGUAGCAUUGUAAAUAUUAAAACAACCCCACAGAUAAUUGUAAAGUAUUUUACAUAUAAAAACAAUAGGGUAGUCUUUAAUUUAAUGAUUUUGAAUGUUAAUAGGUUGUUUAUUUUAUGUUUUACGACUUUAAUAAAAGUGACUCUUAGCUGAACUAGCUGCACAGAGCCUAUUGUAAUUAUGCCUCAUUCUGUUGAUGUCGGUAGUCGAUAAAUCCGAGUCAGUUCUUCUGACAUCCGUUAUAAAUGCGUUCCAUUGCAACAGUUGGGGAAAAUAUGGAUACCAGAGAAAGUUUAAUGUAACGUCGCUAGCUCCUGAUAAUAAAUAAAGUCUGUUAGUUAACGUUAGCUGUCGGCGGCUCAAUUAUGGCAGUUUGACUUCUGUCUAUUGUCAAAUGAUGUGAAAGAAAGUCUAAAUGUCACUAUAAAGUUUUUAGAAGACACUUUCUCUGCACAGAAAUGACAAAAAGACAGUUUUCCCCGUUAACUCUGAGCGCUGAGAUGUAAAUCCAACCAAACUAGCGAAAACCUGAUUUGAUUGGCCGUUCGAUUGCACUUUCUCGAGGUGGAGGUCAGUUUUCCCUGAAAAAGAACAGUCUAAACCUAGAUCAAUCCUAGAACCAUUCAGGGAUUUGUAGGGAAGGCUUGAGUGUGAAUAAAGUCAGAAAAUUGUCGGCGGCUCAAUUAUGGCAGUUUGACUUGAUGUGAAAGAAAGUCUAAAUGUCACUGCAAAGUUUUUAGACACUUUCUCUACACAGAAAUGACCAAAAGACAGUUUUCCCCGUUAACUCUGAGCGCUAAGAAUUUUGCAGUGGCGUAAAUCCAACCCAACUAUCCAAGAUUGUGUUUUGGAAUCUCGAGUUGUUUGGCCGUUCCAUUGCACUUUCUCGAGGUGGAGGUUGGUUUUCCCCAAGCCCGACCACAACAGGAUGAAUUAAACCAGGACUCGAACAAAGUCUAAACCUAAAUCAACCCCAGAACUAUUCACACAUGCAGCCUGACCCGGGAAUUUACCAGGAAAAUGCAGGGAAGGCUUACAUGUGAAUAAUUUCAGAAGAUUGACAGGGCUAUUGCUUGGUUUAAUUGAUUACAGUCAUGGCUUCCUGGUUAUAAGCCUAUUUUCCUGGUUACAAGUCUGGUUUUCUGUACAAUCUUGGCUUUUACGCGACAUGUUUACGUUCCGUUCUCAUUUAGACAAGCUCAAAUUCACUUAAUACAGCAGUUUUUUUCAACUUACUUGACAAUAAUUACAGAUUUUUACAUUUUAUUUAUUCAUAAACCAAAUCAUGUCACACCAUCACAGAAAAUUCAAACUUUACCCAAUCCGAAAAUACCUUUAGACUCAAAAUAAUAUCUGAUUCAAACGUUUUACUGCACAUUUUAACUUGCGUAUCACUACUGGUCUCUCCCAUGACUUUUAACAUUUCUGUUUUAUUGAAUGCCUAUUGAAAUCCUAUUGAAAUGUAUCGGAGGCCUUUGAGACGCACAAGAGCAGAGUCCUUGGUAAAUUUCACAGUUUUAACCCGUAGCAGACGACUGUGGACUGCAAAAAAGAAUACCUGCAUUAAAGGUGCAUUGUGUAACUUUCCCGGUGCUGGGUUUUCUAUGUGCUUUGCCUGGAAUGUUCCGCAGUGUGACAUUAAACCUAUUUAUCUUGCAUUUAUUUCAUCACGGGUGUUUUUAUAACUCAAAAAUACCUUAAAAAACACGCAUUGUUACAUUUUAGCGCUUGCCACUCCACAGAUCUGACCUGUAACUUGGCCUGGUCGCGUCAGUUUAAUGUCACACUGUGGAACAUUCCGAGCAAAACAAUAACAUCUCCAUGGAGACAAGCUGUUGCGAGCCCUGUACCAAAAAAAAAAAAAAAGUUACAUAAUGCAGCGUUAAUUACAGCGAAUUGACUUAAGUGUAUUAAUCUUAAAUUGGUUUGUAGUUUAUUAUGCAAAGAUUAUGUGAGUUUUUACAAUUUAUUUCUGACUAGAAUUUAAUAUUUUUUUCUUUUAUGAAGUAAAAUAUCUACCAGUGACUUUUGUAUUAUUUCAAGUGUCAUUUUCAUAACCUACUGGCAGACGAUUUUAACUGAAGAAAGAAAAAAUAUAUUAUAAACACGUCAAAAAUAUCUGAAAACAAAACAGAAAAAAAGUUGAAUUCAAAUGACUUAAUAUUCUGGAUUCAAUUUUAAACAAUUUUCGAUAUUUCCUUUUUUGCAGUUUGUGGAUACUUUCUGUGCACAUCGACGCUCACUGUUGGAAAGUGUAAAUCUGAAGCUAUUUCCUGAAGGAUUUUGAACAUUUAAUAUAUAAAUUUGUCUAUUUAGUUUUGUUUUUUUAGGACGUGGCGACGAGGCGUUCUGGCGUAGCUAACAUAACCGCUGUGUGUCCCUGACUAAACUAAAUGUAGACUUUGUACGUGGUUCAUGAAUGUUUUCUAUCACUAUAAUCACACCAGGGUCGAGACUGCUGUCUUUAAUCGUCACAUUUUUAUGGUAUCCUGCUUGAAAUUAUUUAAUAAAUGAAGGAAUAAUAA